CCAGACGCCAUCUUGAGAAGGUCAUAAUAAACCGUGUGAAUGGACCAGUGAGAGAACGUGCUCUCUUCUGUUUAUUAUUUCAUGGUGUUAUCUAAAGAUGAAUGGAUGGUUUUUAAGGAAUACUUUCAAGCGAGUGCUUUUACAGCACGGCUUACAGAAAUUGUUGACCGAAACCGCAGCAGAAACAAUGUACAACGAUGAAGGAGCUAAACUUGGCUAGUUGGCUAAAUUGGCACGCUGACAGACAGCAAAGAAAUGUGUAGUGAAGUUGAAUGUGUAAUAAUGUAAUACUUGUGGAGGAUAAAACAAAGAUAUUCAAGUUCAAGCGUCUGUGGAAGAAACGAACUCAUUGAGCUAACAUGUCUAUUAAAAAAGAGGUUUUUCGUUCAAAAGUUCUUCAAAAACUAUAUCCAGUGCCUCUAAAAACUAAGGAAACUACCCUACCUCCUUCUACUGAAGUCGACUCUGCUGCUAGUAAAACGUGUGCCCCUGGAAAGGGUACCAAACCCCUCAAACCCAAUGGUGAUGGGGGAAUGCCUGCACCUGCAUGUAGGAAGCUGUACACUGUCCUCCCACCUCCAGACGGAUACAAAGCUGAUGAAUUGCCUGUUGUUGAUGAGGCGCCAGAGACCACAAGCAAAUGGAGCGAUGGAGAGAAUGUGGAUGAGGAAGACGAAGAUGAUGAUGAUGAACCUCAGAGGAAGCGGAGGAGAAGGAAGAAGAAGGGCAAGACGAAGGACUCCGCCGCCUUGGCCAACGACAGGUCAGCAGAGGGCAACGAGGCCAACACGGGGUCAGAGGUCGGUCCCAAACUCGAGGUGGGCACAGAGUCGGAGCGACUCAGCAAAAACAAGAAGAGGAAGCUGAAGAAGAAACGUCGCAAGGAGAAGCUGAGGAGCCUGGGUCUGGCACCCUCUGCCUCCGCUGUGGACUUCACCUAUCAACACAAGAACGACAUGGAGGAAGAUGAUGAGGACAAAACAGACGAUGGAGAUGAGAAAGACGAGGAUGAUGAUGAUGAAGGCUCUAAAAACACAACAGACGAGCAAGCAGACGAGGUCCUGGAGUUCCUCAAGACCACCCUAGAGACCUACGUCUCAGACCGUUCCUGUCCUGAGAGGUUGCCACCUGCCGGGACUGAGGCCCUGCUCAGCAGCCUGUCUGAUGGGACAGCGCCCCCUGGUGAGCUGGCUCGCCUGUGCAUCCUGAAGGACUUGCUGCUAAGACGAGACGCUGAUGAGUUGAGGAGAGCGCAGGAGGAGUUCCGAAACAGCACAAACAUGCCGCCUGAGGCGUCUGCUGUCUGCGUUCUGUUGUCCUACUGGAUCACAGACAUUUUCCCUCUGCAGGAAGUCUUGAAGACCUGAGACAUCGCCCACCUUAUUAGCCAAUGGGGGGUCCUUCUCUGUGAGGAGCGAACAAAACAACAAGACAAUUUGGGAGACUUUUUUUUAACUUAUUUCCUUCUCACUUUUUUUUUAUAAAAUAAGAUUUGUUAAAAAAUAUUGCU